UCGAGCCAAACAUGGCAUGUGAACUGGAAGGCGUGCUAUGCCAGCUUUUGGUGCCAGAUAAUGCGUCUAUAAAACAGGCAACAGAACAAUUAAAACAACUCUAUAAAGAUCCUAACAUUGUGCCAGUUCUUUGUGGAGUCAUUGGAACAUCACAGAACCCACAGGUAAGGCAGUAUGCAGCUGUGUUGCUUAGAAGAAAAAUUUCCAAGGCAAGGCAGUGGAGGACUGUACCAGAAAAUGUGAGGCAAAGCUUGAGGGAUAAUCUCCUCCAGGUGGUGCUGCAGGAGCAAGAGAAGCUGGUGCGGAACUCUGUAGCCCAAGUUGUGGCUGCAGUAGCCAAGCACGAUGUUCCUUCUGGGAAGUGGCCACAGCUUUUCCAAUUCCUCCAGCAGUAUACUAAGAGUCAAAAUGUGCAAGAAAGAGAGGUGGGCAUGUUUGUCCUUAGCACAGUGUCAUCUGUGGCACAUGAACAGUUGAAACCACAUCUGCGUUCCAUGAUGUUGCUGUUCUCUGCAGCUCUGGAGGACAGGGAGUCCAGAACAGUGCCCUUCUUUGCCAUUCAGACAAUGACCAAUCUUGCCUUCCAAGUUGGUUCUGAUGAAGUGCACCAGUUUCAAAACUUGAUACCCAAGGUUCUCACAGUUGUAAGGCAGCUUAUCCAAAUUGAUGAGGCUCAGGCGUGUGAGGCUCUGGAGUUAUUUGAUGAGCUGGUGGAGUGUGAGGUCACUGUGAUGGUGCCCCAUGUCAAACUGAUGGUAGACUUCUGUCUGGAGGUAGCUGCUAAUGAAAAGCUAGGAGACAGCAUCAGAAUUAAAACAUUAUCCUUCAUCAGCUGGUUGACAAGACUCAAGAAAAAAGCACUUCUCAAGCACAAGCUGAUCCAGCCCAUCUUAAAUGUCCUGUUCCCUGUGAUGUGUUCUCCCCACCAGGAGGGGAGAGGAGGAGGGGAACACAUGGAGGGAGAGGAGGAGGAGGAAGAAGAUGAGGAGGAGGAUGAAUAUGGGAGUGAAUCCAGUACACCAAAUAAAUAUGCUGCACAGGUUAUGGAUAUGAUGGCACUACAUCUUCCCCCAGAGAAGUUUAUUCCAAAUGUUAUGAGGUUUGUAGAACCAGCUCUGCAUAGUCAGAACCCCCAGGAGAGGAAAGCUGCUUUCAUCACAGUGGCUGUGAUAACAGAGGGAUGCUCUGACCACAUCAGGAACAAACUGAUGGCUCCACUGUUACAGAGUGUAUGUAAAGGGAUCACAGAUGACAGCCAGCAGGUGGCCAAUGCUGCCAUGUUUGCCCUGGGACAGUUCUGUGAAUUUCUACAGCCAGACAUCAGCAAGUAUGCCUCGGAACUUCUGCCCCUGCUAUUUGACUAUCUCAACAAGGCAAUUAAUUCAGCAGACAAAAACCCAGGGGGACUGGUCAAAACUUAUUUUGCUUUGGAGACCUUCUGUGAAAAUCUUGGCAAGGAUAUUCUUCCUUACCUCCCAGUCCUGAUGGAGCGGUUGCUGAGUGUGUUGUCAUCUGAUGCCUCUUUGAGAAUGAAGGAGCUGGCAUUCAGUGCAAUAGGAGCUGCAGCCAAUGCAGCAGAGGAGCAACUACUGCCAUAUUUCCCUGCAAUCAUGGAACAACUGAAACUUUACCUGGCACCCACCGUGUCAGCAGAUCAACUCACAGUUCAAGUCCAGGCUAUAGAUACUCUAGGUGCCCUUGCCCGCACAAUAGGCAAGGAAAAUUUUCAGCCUCUAGCAGUGGAGAGCAUACAGCUGGGAAUUAACCUUCUGGUCAGCACGGCAGACCCAGAUCUAAGGAGGUGUGUCUAUGGUCUGUUUGCCGCCAUUGCCUCCUUGGGGAAGACUGAUAUGGCUCCAUACUUACAAACCAUUGUAUCCCAUAUGCUUGACUCAGUUAAAUCUACAGAGGGGAUUACAGCUCACUAUAACGAUGAGGACAGUGCCUUCCAUGUGUUUGAGGAUGAAGAGGAAGAAGAGGAUGUUGAGGAUAUUGUUGAUGAGGAAGAUGAGGAUGAUGACAUAGCUGGAUUCAGUGUAGAGAAUGCCUACUUGAAUGAAAAGGAAGAUGCUUGUUGUUCACUUGGAGAAAUAGCAAGUCAUACAGGAGCAGCUUUCAUGCCAUACUUACAACAAAGUUUCCAGGCAGUUACCCAAUUGUACGAUCACCCAGCACCUAACAUCCGUAAAGGCUCUAUUAUAGCAGUGGGGCACCUGUGCUGCACCCUAGGGGCAGUUGCCAUGGAGAGUGGGGACCAACAAGCGCAACAGGGCAUGAUUGAGAUGCUAUCCACCACUGUCCCUAAACUGAUCAGUGUGAUUGAGAAAGACUCAGACAGAUUUGUUGUCAUGGCAGCACUACAAACAAUCCAGUCCAUGCUGGAGAAAGUGAAGGCCCCUAUUCUACAAGGUCAAGGCCACCUUGAAGGGAUUGCUAAAUGUGUGAAAGAUGUGUUUCAACAGAAGACUGCCUGCCAGGAUGAGUCAACUGAAGAAGACACAGAGGAUGAUGAGGCAGAGUAUGAUCUGAUGUUGAUAGAACAUGCUGGAGAUGUUAUCUCUCAUCUUGCCAAGGCUGCAGGUGGGGCACAGUUUGCCCCCUACAUGGCUGGGUUUUUACCUGAACUUUUAAAAAGAUUGAAAAAGAACAGCAGCAUAGCAGAAAAGUCCUUUGCCAUAGGAACCCUGGCAGAGACCACAGAGGCACUGGGUCCAGCAAUUGGUCCAUUUGUCCAGCAUCUGUACCCAGUGUACAUGACUGGGAUCAGGGACGAGGAUGAGGAAGUGAGGGGGAACGCGGCAUUUGCCAUUGGGAUCUUGGUCGCCAACUCUGGAGAUGCAUUGCUGAGCCAAUACCCUCAUAUACUGGAGGUUUUAUACAAGACACUGCAGAAAGAAUCUGUUCCCCGCGUCAUGGACAACACGUGUGCUGCAGUGUGCAGACUGAUAUUUGCGAACCCAGAACAUGUGCCUUUAGAUCAGGUUUUGCCAGUUGUCUUGCAGUUUCUACCCCUUAAAGAAGAUUUUGAGGAAAAUGUUACAGUAUUUUCAUGUAUUGGGAAGUUAUAUGGUGCUUAUCAGGACAAAAUUGUCAAUUUUCUCCCAAAGUUGAUCUACAUUAGUGCACAAGUCAUAGGCACAGAACAAAUAAACCAAGAUAUUCAGAACCUCUUGGUACAAAUGGUUGUAAACAUUCAGAUGACGCGAGCAGACGUCUUUCAGCAAGCGCUGUCCUCCAUGCCUCAGGAACUGGCCAAUAAACUGCUGACAUGUGACCAGGCAACGUGACCAAUGGCACGGCUUGUUACAUGAUAUAGUUUUGAUGGCCAUUCAUGGGCACAUCAUAUAUUUAUUUAUUUAUUUAUUUAUAUUAGUCCCCAUGGUAACAUGACCUGCUUGUGAUCAUGCUCAUUAUUUUAAGAGUAUGUUGCUGGAAAAACAUACUAUUUGCUGUUUUUGUUUUGCUUAUUAUCAAUACAGCCAUUUUAUGCUGAACCUUUAGAACAGCAGCAAUGUAUUUUCAUUGUUUGAGUCAUUAAAUCUCUAGUAUAUAAGGGGUUGCAUGUGCACACGUCAUUUCUAGCAUAGAUUAACCGGACUCAGUAGCAGAUGGCAGGAUGGGCAGUUUUUGUACUUCGGGUGAGCACUGGUAAAAUUGAGUGUUUUAAAUGAUAAUUCCACUUUUUUAAAUGUCACGUAUUUUAAGUAGGCAUGUUAAAGUAUAUGCAUGAAGGACCAUUUCUGUGAUAAUUGAAUGCAAUCCUCAUCCUCUGCUGAGAAAAAAAGCUGAAUUCCAUCUCGCCAUUUCCCAUAGGGUUGCAACUUGCAUGUUAUUUUUCCAUGCUCUAUUUGUUGGCCAAUCAAAUUGAGUAACAAUUUGUGAUAUCACAUGCAACCCCCUUUCUAAAGGGGGACAAUGCGAGUCUUCUUAUGUCAUAAAAUAUUUAUAUUUUAAGAGAUGAUCAGAAUCUCGAAUGGAGGUCAGCGUCGUGGCUUUCAUACAUAAAUUGGGGUUUAGACCAGUAUGUAACAAAACUUAAGUUUUAUUGAAAAUAUCAAUUCUUUUUCUCCUAAUCACCAAGUUGUCCUGUCCAAAGCUAUUUGAAUAAUCACAAGCCAUUUCAGUAAAAGGGUGUGUUAAUUAUAAUUUCCUCGACAGUUUAUGAUAGGGAAUACGUAACCUUGACAACAACCAAGAAAAAAGUUGACAUUUCUACAUGAUUAUUUUUAUUCUAUUUAUUUAAUUAAUUAAAAAUUUUAUUUAUUAUUAUUAUUAUUAUUAUUAUUAUUAUUAUUUUUGCUCUGUGAAACGGCUUAAUGCACAUUGCAUGCCCCUUAAGAGCAGAUCCGGUUCAUCAUGCACAUAUUUAUAAUUACCUAGUACAGAUUUGAUUGCAAUAUCGUGACAGAAUAUUGAUUACAAGUAAAGGCGUGCUGCCAUCUCACACGUUCAAAAUCAAGAGUGAUUAAAUGGAGAAACUAGAAAAGCACUCCGAGAGCGCAGAUCUCCGCCAAGGCAGCGAUUUUUGAUUAUUUUUUAUUAUUG